UGCCGGAGCCGUCAGUGCAGGUCUUUGAGCAGCCCAAACAGAGGGGGAUGCGCUUCAGGUACAAGUGUGAAGGUCGCUCUGCAGGGAGCAUCCCCGGGGAGAAGAGCUGCGACAACAACAGGACCUACCCCAGUGUGCAGAUCCUGAAUUACUGCGGGAAGGGCAAAGUUCGUGUUUACCUGGUGACGAAGAACGAGCCGUACCGACCCCACCCACAUGACCUGGUGGGGAAGGACUGCAAAGAUGGAUUCUACGAGGCCGACUUCGGUCCAGACCGCAGAGUGAUUGCUGCCCAAAGAGCAGCUGCUGCAGACAGAGGAGUAUGACCUGAACGUGGUCCGCCUGUGCAUCCAGGUCCUCCUCCAAGACGAGAACGGCCUCUACACCAGAGCACUCAGUCCCAUUGUGACAAACCCCAUCUAUGACAACAGGGCUCCAAACACAGCAGAGCUGAGGAUUUGUCGAGUCAACAGGAACAGUGGAAGUGUUAAAGGAGGAGAUGAGAUCUUCCUGCUGUGUGACAAAGUUCAAAAAGAUGACAUUGAGGUUCGUUUCUUCUCGUCAGAUGGUUGGGAGGCCAGAGGCUCCUUCUCUCAGGCUGAUGUUCAUCGUCAGGUGGCCAUUGUGUUUAAGACUCCAUCGUACUACAACACGUGUGUCACAGAGUCCGUCACUGUGCACAUGCAGCUGCGCAGACCCUCCGAUCAGGAAGUCAGUGAACCCAUGGACUUCAGAUUUCUGCCUGAUGACAAAGAUCCAUACGGCUACAAUGAGAAGAAACGUAAAUACGUGAUGAAGAUGUCAGGUUUGACAGGGGGCUUAGGUUCUGGUCUGACAGUGAACAGGCCAAAGGCCGUGCCGCAGCACCUGAGGAAGGAUCCGUUCUUGAGGAACACAGCGCCCUCUGUGUUCGGUCCAUCCUUCCAGAGCGGUCUGUCAGGUCUCAUGAUGACAUCACCUGCUCACAGCUUACAGAUGAAUAACUCCUGGGUGAAUCCCAGCCAGGCAACCUUAAUGGACACAGUCACUAUAAACCCAUCUGGACCCAGCCGUCCCACCAGCAGCAGACAGCAGCAGCAGAACCGUGGAUCAGUGUACCGACUAGAACCCUCCAACUGUGAGAACCCCACGCUCCCUCAGCUCUCCAUGCGGGACCUGCAGUGUUUGGACCCGGGUCCUCAGGUCCUGAAUCAGCCGGUGUCCCAACCCCUCUUCCAUCAUCAGCAUCAACGGGAAGAGCUCACCUCUGAGUCUCAGGCCCAGAACCAUCUGGCCAACCAAAACCAAGGGAUCCAGAAUAUGUGGCCAGGCUUCACCAGCACCAGUCCAGCCCAGAACAACUUUAAYGGAUCAGUACCUGCAGCUGGUGCAGUGGUGUCACAUGGUUUAUUCCCCCUGCUGGAAGGAAUGGACGGGGAUGAGUUUCUGGUUGGAAGGACUAGUUUCCAGUUAAAGCAGGAACCACAGAUCUCAGCUGGACAGGACUCCAGUUUCUCUCAGUCUCCAAGAGAAAACCAAGGAAACACCUACACCAACUUACUUCCUCGACCCAUGAGCAACGAUCCCAGUAUAGAUCUAAGGAGGCACAGUGGCAUCACACAGCCUCUCACAAACCUUCAAAGUCCUUUCUCCAGUAACUGCAUGUCCUCAGAGGCCACUUAUGCCACUUUGGAGGACUGGAUCAAGGCUACUCGGCAGAACGACUGAAAGUAAAACUGGUUUUUCAGACAAAACCAGCUUCUUGAAAAACAAUGAUUUUCCUGUGAGGGAACAUUUUGCAUCAAGCAUGCUGGUCCAGAAACACUCAGCUGGCAUUUGUUUGGGUUCUGAGAGAACUCAGAAUAAAUCUGAUGUUUCUGGCACUGAGUUGGAUGUCAGUGUGGUACACUUUAUUAUGAACUAUUACUUCUUUACAAACAAUAAUUCAAUGUUGCGGGUAUCUUUAGGAACAACUUUUUGUGCCUUUAGUGUCCAGGACCACACAACCAUGCUUUCCAAAUUGUUGUAUUCUUUGGAUCAGGGAUGUAUUUGUUUUAUGAUGUUUUUAGUUGUAUAAGUUCUACUCAAACCUUUAACUUUGGAUCAGCUCUAACACUUCAGGAGGUUUAUUUAGACUCCCUGCAGUUCACCAGCAGCUCCUGGUCUAAACGGGCUGUUUAAGGUCCUGAAGACCCCACUACGAUGAAAACAAUCUAAUUAAAAUCAUGUAAAACAUGAUGGUCCAGGCAGGUUAGGGGUUAAAUAUUAAACCCAUGUGAUAGGACCACCAUGGUUCUGAUCAGCACAGGACCUCAGUAACGAGCUGCUGGUUGGUUAUAGUCAUGGUGGCUGGAUCUAUGAAGAGGGGCUCACGGCACUUAGUUGWGGAGAAUCUGAAGCAGGACCUGGUCUCAAGCUGAGUCUACAGCUGUGCACACAACAAAGUUGUUGAAGCAACCAGCACAAACCUGGUACCUGCUGGGACCUAUAGAACCUGAGGCACUUCAGGAGAGAAGGACCAGGACCGGGUGGAGGACCAUGUGUCUCCUCUUCAGAGGAUUGAACCUGAAGACCUUUCAGGUGUACUACACCUAGAUUUUUUAAGAGAUGGUGUCAUCAGGUGUAAAACUACAGGCUGAUAGAGGCCCAGACAUCAUCUAUCUUAUUUUUUAUUUUACCGUUGUUUAACCAGACCAGAUCACAAUCAUGCCUGAAGGCAGCCGACUCUACAGGUUUAUGGUCUGGGAGGAAACCAGAGUACCCGAAGAAAACCCACACAUGCAAACUGCGCACAGAAAGACCCCAGGUCCGAACCGGGGAUGGAACCCAGGACCUUGUUGCUGUGAGGCGUCAGUGCUAACCACUGAACCAUCGUGUGAGAAGCUUUGUUCAUUGUUCUCAUGUGGAUGAGUGGUCACUGGUUUUUUCCAUUGCUCUAUGGAUCAUCCAAUGUCAGGAACACGUCUGCUGCUGCAUCACUUCUUUUUUCUUCUCAAAAACAGGGUCAGGGCUAAAGGUCAUUUGCUUUAUUUAUUUUGAAGCCAUACAGAGGGAAUAUUCUAGCAGUCAGCACCUCAGGAGACUCUGACCCAUUCUGUGAUGAAACGUAUUUUUCUGUUUAUGAAUAUCUGAAGCAACAGCCAAAUUAGGUGUAUUUUUAUUUCUUUACAACAUAUCAAUGAAAGUACUUUACUGUUGUUUUUUACCAGAGCAUGGGUUAAAAUGGACUCUGUACAUACAUGUUAGCCACAGUUGAGUAAAAGCAAUAAUUUAGCUAAAACUCAAGGACUGGCGAGGUACUAAAGUUUCCAUGGAGGAAGUGAGGGGAAGUCUUUCCUUUGUAAUGACUAUGUCAUAUCAGUUAUCACAUGUGCUAUUCAGAGUUCUCAGAGGAUUUUUAACAGAUGUUUUAUUGAUUCAGAUUUUUAUUUCAUCUUUUCUUUAYGCAGUCGAUGUUUUUAGGAAACUGUUAACGAUGAUGAUUGAUGGUUGACUUUAUUUUGUUAUCUUUAUUGGAAUCUUUAAAUAAAAUAAAAAUUAUCUAAAAACAA